AUUCAAUCAAUAUCAUUGAUAAGCGAUGUUGAUUAAUCUAAAAACAAAUGGUGAUUAAUUUUAAUAAACCGAAACGAAAUAUUGAUUUGAAUUCGCUUUAUUAUUAUUACAUUUUUAGUAACAAUGAUGUGCCAGUUAUAUAUUAUUUGUAUUCUUAUAACAGUGUUUGUAAUACCGUUCAAUUUCGGAAUAGAGGUAUAUCUGCUUUGAUAGAUAUAGUUUAUAAUUUUAUAAAAUGUCACUCAUGUAUUAUUCAUUUUGUAGAUACCAGAAAAGUUCCAAAAGUCGAAUCAUACAAAUAAUUGGGCAGUUUUAGUUGAUACAUCAAGAUUUUGGUUCAAUUAUCGUCAUGUAGCUAACGUCUUAUCAAUAUAUAGGAGCGUGAAAUUGUUUGGCAUUCCUGACAGCCAGAUAAUUCUCAUGAUAUCCGACGACAUGGCGUGUAAUCCAAGAAACCCGAGACCAGCCACAAUAUUUAAUAAUGCUCAUGAACAAAUAAAUGUGUAUGGAGAUGAUGUUGAAGUGGAUUAUAGGGGUUAUGAAGUAUCAGUAGAAAAUUUUAUUCGUUUACUUACUGGGCGAGUCCCGCCUGAUACUCCCCGGUCAAAGCAGUUACUGACUGAUGAAGGUAGCAACAUUUUGAUUUACCUCACUGGGCAUGGUGGUGAUGGGUUUUUAAAGUUUCAAGACUCUGAAGAAGUAACCAGUCAAGAGUUGGCAGAUGCAUUAGAACAAAUGUGGCAAAAGAGAAGAUACAAUGAGAUAUUCUUUAUUAUUGACACAUGUCAAGCAUCUUCCAUGUAUGAAAAAUUCUAUUCUCCCAACAUUCUAGCAACGGCUAGUAGCUUGGUAGGAGAGGACUCUCUUUCACAUCAUGUGGAUUCAGCCAUUGGUGUUUAUAUUAUAGAUCGUUACACUUAUUACGUUUUGGAAUUCUUGGAACAUGCGUUUAGUAGCAGUGAAAAAACUAUGACUGAAUUUUUGGCAGUAUGCCCAAAGAGUGCUUGCCUGUCAACUGUAGGUGUACGCAGCGAUCUAUUCAAGAGGGAUCCCAGUAAAGUGCCGAUAACAGAUUUCUUUGGUUCAGUACGGCCUGUUACUAUAACCACUGAUCCUAUUGAUAUACUAGACAUCCCAAAGAGGAAGAAGACUGAGAAACAGUAAGUCCUUUAUAGUAUCAAGAAAAUUAUUCUUGUGACAAAAACGGUUAUAACUAGAGAUGCGCCGAAUUUUGGUUUCAUCUAAUACUAUUCGGCUUAACCUUCACUGAACAGGAUAUUUGACCGAAUUAUU